AUGAUGGUACAAGAUUUUAUAAGAUCAAUACCACAAUUUAAGGAAUCAAGAUUAACUUCUUUAUAUUCUAAAUUUGAUAAAUUAAAAGAAUUAAAUAUUGAAGGUUAUGAAGCAAAUUUAACUGCGUGGCAAACUUUAUUAAUCAAAUUGAUUCAAUCUGAAACUUAUCUACCGCAAUCUCAAAUAUCAAUAUCAUCUUAUCAACCUAAUUUACUGAAUUAUCUUGCAUUGGAUAAGUAUGGAGAACCAAAGAAUCUAGGCAAUAUAAUACAAGAGUUAAUAGAUAAAGAAGUGUUAAUACCGUACUCAAUUUAUAUGAAACAAGAUGUUGCUUUUUUUCAAAGUGGGUUGAAAACUUAUAUAUCUAUUAAAUCAUGGAUCAAUUGGAGUAGAAGGAGUUUAUUUAGAUAUUCUGCAGUUAAAGAUGGUAAAUUGGUAGAUGAUAGGCUUAUAUCAGUUGAUGAGUUGACAAAACAUGGGGAUUACGUGUUUGAUAUUAUAUUAAAACAUGUUGAUAAUUCAUGCAUAUCUAAAUUAUUUAAUGAAGAUCUACUACUAGAGUUUAUUAAUAAGUAUAUUAGACUCACCAAGAUUGACUUAAUUAUAUUAUUAAAGUAUUGGAGUCGAGAUAAACAACUAGUACAAGUAAACCAAGAAUAUAUAAAAAUAGGAAAUGAUCCAAUUACAGAAGAUGAUAUAAAAUUAAUCAAUAUGAAACUAACGAUAGAUAAAUUAAGCAAGAGAAAUGAGUUGCUAGAGUCAAAAUUAUUACAAAUAGAUUUAAAACAAGUUUUGAAAUUACCAAAAGAUCAACAAAAACUCAAAUUGAAACAAUUACUAAACGAAAAGAAGAUGCUUUCAUUACAAUUGGAGAAGAAUAUCAAUAUACAUGCUGAGCUUGAUACAAUAAUUGAUAAAAUCAAUGAGUCUACUUUAAAUCAUGAAAUUUUCAAUCAAAUGGUUACAAGUUCGUCAAUAUUGAAAAAAUUAAAUAAGAAAAUUGAUUUAAAUGAAGUAGAUAAGUUGAAAAUGGACAUUGAUGAAGAAGUUGCUAAAACAGAAGAGAUUAAUGAAGCAUUAUAUAAUACGCAAGAUGCUGAUGUUGAUGAAGAAUUACAACAAUUGAUUACUGAAAAUGAAAAAGUUGAAAAAGAAGAUGCUGAAGUACUCAAAAAAUUAAGUGAAUUAACUGUCUCUGAUAAGAAACCAGAAGCUGAAAAGGAAAGAACUAAAAAGGAAGAAUCUGCAAAUCUACAAUUAGAACUAAAUUAG